AUGUACUCUGGCGCCCGACAGGGAGUUAUCUCGGGAAAGGUCACUCACCAUAACGAGGUGUUCUACGAAUUUUUCGACAAGGACUACAAAUACUUGUUCGGGAAGGUGAAGGACAUUUUCACUGAUGUUGGAGCCUGGGUGGAAUACAACGUGGAAAAAGUUCAAUCCCACCCGAAGAAUUGUUUACACUUUGCCCAGAACGUCAACACCGAAGUGAAACGCACCAACGCUCCAACGUGUGACGUUUUCAGCAGUAACAGGUUCCAGUUCGAUGUGAGGGAGUUCAACAAAGUGGACUUUUUCCAGUUUGAUAACGCGGACAGGCAAUUAUCGUUCAAAGGAACCAUUCGCUUCAACUCGAACAAGAACCAAUUCUACCAUGAAUAUUAUGGAGAUGUCCUCGUUGGAGAGGCAGAGAAACUCAUCCGUUUCGGUAUCAACGAGAUUGAUGUGAUGAUGAAUUUGUACAGAUCCGACGAGUAUACAAGAGGACCGCAUUGGUACGUGAAGCACUACAUCAAUAAAGGAAAAUCGUAUAAUAUCAAUGGAUAUCUUUCAAUCAAUGGUUUUGUGCUCCGUGGCCCUGGAGGUGUGGUUCGUAACAAAAAUCAAGUUAAUAUUCCACCUGAUGCUCUUCGCCCAAAUAAUCCCGUUCCAAAUUUAUCAAAUGGUACGUCAUCACAAGAACUAGCAGCAGCUCCAAAUCGGAAUAACUUCCCAACAUAUGCAACCCAGAGACCACGUCGUAAUUCUGACUGGGACGAUGAAGAGCCUCAGACAACUGCUGCUCCAGCUGGAACGUCUAAUUCUACAGCUGCUGCAUCCCGUCCACAAGUUGGAGAUGGAAAAACAGGAUUCAGAGCUUUUGGAGGAGACGCUGCACCACAAAGCCGUGGAUUUGAUGAUGGUGCCAUCCAGAGAAGAGCUUUUGGAGGAUUGACCACUGCGCCAGCAGCAGCUCCAAAUCGGAAUAACUUCCCAACAUAUGCAACCCAGAGACCACGUCGUAAUUCUGACUGGGACGAUGAAGACCCACAGACAACUGCUGCUCCUGCUGGAACGUUUAAUUCUGCAGCUGCUUCAUUCCGCCCACAAGUUGGAAAUGGAAAAGCAGGAUCCAGAGCUUUCGGAGGGGACACUGCACCACAAAGAAGUGGAUUAGAUGAUGGCGCCACCCAGAGAAGAGCUUUUGAAGGAUUGACAAUUGCGCCAGCAGCAGCUUCAAAUCGGAAUAGCUUCCCAACAUUUGCAACCCAGAGACCACGUCGUAAUUCUGACUGGGGUGAUGAAGAGCCUGAGACAACUGUUGCUCCAGCUGGAAAGUCUAAUUCUACAGCUGCUGCAUCCCGUCCACAAGUUGGAAAUGGGAAAACAGGAUCCAGACCUUUUGGAGGAGACACUGCACCACAAAGACGUGGAUUAGAUGAUGGAGCCAUCCAGAGAAGAGCUUUUGGAGGAUUGACCACUGCGCCAGCAGCAGCUCCAAAUCAAAAUAACUUCCCAACAUUUGCGACCCAGAGACCACGUCGUAAUUCUGACUGGGACGAUGAAGAGCCUCAGGCAACUGAUGCUCCUGCUGGAACGUUUAAUUCUGCAGCUGCUUCAUUCCGCCCACAAGUUGGAAAUGGAAAAGCAGGAUCCAGAGCUUUCGGAGGAGACACUGCACCACAAACAAGCGGAUUAGAUGAUGGAGCCAUCGAGAGAAGAGCUUUUGGAGCAUUGGCCACUGCGCCACGAGAGGUAGUUCUCGGUGGAGAGAGAGAUGUUGUAGCAGCUGGCCAGCUUCGUCCACGUGGCCCAGAAAGCACCAUCCAACCGCGACGUGUCCCACAGAGUCGUCAAUUCGGAGGAGUCAGUGCUACAAGCAACGAUCCGACUACCCCGGAGCCGAGAAGAAUAAAUGAGACUCCAAGAGUGCUGCUCCCACCACAAUCGAAAGGAAGACGCGUGGAUAGUUGAAAAAUUCCUCGCAAAAUCUUUUUCUUUCAAAUGCCCCCCAUGUUUAAUGCAAAAGUUCCCGUCCUGACUUUUUUUUCAUUCAAGAUUAUAGUAUUCCCUCCCCUGUCCAAUUCUAAAAUGUUUUAUUCGCAAUCCUUCCGCAUUUUUCCCUAAUAGUUAUAUGUUUUAUUGAUAGCUGAGUCGCCACUCAGCGAAAGUUUCCGCGUUUUGUCACGCAAGCAUGUCCCAUGACCCCUGAUUUCCCAUUUAUACGGCUUCGAUAUCCGCCAUUUAUUCUCGUAAUUUCCUUAAUAUAUUAUUUGUCAAUUUAUACAAUUUAAUUUAAUUAAAAAAUACCUCCAAUUUUUGUCGUCAUUUGAGGUGUUUGCGUAUUUGGUAUUUUGCACGCACGAAAUUCAAAAAAAUAGUUUUUAAUUU